AUGGGUGGACACAUUGGUUUUCGUUCGCGCCUCUUCGAAGCGCACGUGCAGGGAAAACGGGACAAUAACCUCCUGGAGGCGCAGAUGCGGAAGCUGGAGAAGGAGCAUCGAGAGCGACUUGAAGUUAUCAGGAGGUCAGCCGGAAAGGCGGAGGCGACACUGCCGGGCAUUAGGAGGCUCUCGUCUAAGGCGCAGAAACUGAGUGAACAGUAG